AUGGGACGCCAGUCACAGCAGUUCGGUGUACCUGAUGCUGAUUUUUUAAACCUUUUUAGGGCUUUAUGGGGAACAGAAAGUGAACUUACAGCUGAAAUCGAGUGUCUUAAAUCAGAAGUUGUGAAAGCAGAAAAAGCCUUGGAUCAUGCUACUCCGGAAGAUAUAAGGAGGGGAAUUAGUACAGUUAGAAGAACCUGCAGAGAGUACAGCAUUACUGGAGUGUUUGGUUCACUUUAUCGAGCGUUUGCUAGAACAGUAAUUUGUAGAGAAUUGGAUGUUGCAACUCGUGUUGCACGUACAGAUGGUUUGGACUGCAUUACUAUUGAAGGUGAUCAAGUUGGCAAAAAGGGUGGUAAACAUGACAAACCAACCACAUGUGUACCCGGAGCAGCAACUGAACCAAUAUGCACCAUCUUUGGGUGGUGUGUUGGUGGACAAGAAAGGCGAUCAGACAGAAGAAGCUCUUAA